ACGAGCUUUUUUAAUCGGAUUACGUUAAUAUACACGAAUCACGAUGAGUUGCAUUGUUCAACUUUUCGACACAAAUGGACACUUGCUCCCUCAAGAAAAUUCAACAAUUAAACCUCUUGAAACGGUAACAAAAUACCGAGCGAAAGGUCAUUCGCGUCGCUCGCCUACGAGAAAACCUUUCGAGGUUCAAGUACAUGAAUCGAAGUUGCCGCGUUUUGUGCAGGAAGUAACUCCUAACUCACACGAAAUUGAUAUCCGACUCGCAAGUCCUUUACCUGUAAAUGGCAUUGCUAUAGAACGCGAACGAUUUCAACUUCAAGUAAAUACGAUAGAUGGUGUUGGGAACUAUUUAAUUCACAAUCAAUCUGAAAAUAUAUUGAAGAAAAAUAGCAUUAAAAGUGAACCUUAUCAAUCUCAUGAAAAAGGAUAUAUCAUGGAAGGAGACGAUGUUAACGAAGUAGUUUCGAACUUCGAGUCAACACAAGUUUCAACAUGGACAAGUGAAGAUGUUGCUGGUUGGCUUGACAAAAUCAAGUUGAGCCAGUUUAAGGAGAAGUUUCUAAGUCAAGGGUUAGAUGGAAAUGCUUUGCUCAAAGUUGAUUAUCAGACUUUAGAGAAAUUAAAUCUUUCUGAGUCAAGCAAGGAAAGAGAGCAUUUCCUAGCAGAACUUUAUAACCUGAAAGAAAAAAGUCAUUUUGUUGAGGGAGAGGAACAAAUGAUGAAUAAAGAUUAUAAAAAUACUCUACCAGAGAGCAACAAUGAACCAACACAUUUACAAAUGAAUUUUGCAAAUGGUCACACCGAGCUAAAACAUGAAUCUGUAAAUAGCAAAAGUUCAUCAACAUCUACAGCAAACACAUCAAAACAGGUUGGGCAAAAGCAAAUUGUUGAUUAUUCUUCAUCGUCGACAAAGGAUAAUUUUGCUCAACGUAACAUCAAUUCCAAUGGGCAGAACUCCUUGGCAAAAAACAAGACAAAAGUUUCUGUUAAGAAGACCAAGUCAAAAGGGAAAAAGAUUUCCCGUAUUUUCAAUUCCAAGGAUAAUAAGGAUCCUUCGUUACUCAUUACUCCUCCUCCAAUCUACAAGAAUGCCUUUCACAACUUAAUGAACACAGGUCCUCAGGGUGUGAUAAAAAUUUGGACAGAGAUGUUUUUAAGUGAUAUGCAAUAUGUAAGCCUUUUGGUAAAACAUGAGUCUAACGUGGAAGAGGUGAUCAAAAUGGUUUUAGAAAAGUCAAAUAAACAAGAAAGAUGGGAGAAUUAUUGCAUUUGUGAGAUUAAUGAAAAACAUGAUGAAUAUUUUCUGGAUAAUAAUGAAUGUCCAUUGCAACGAGAGAGACAAUGGCUUGAUCCAGAUCAUUGUCGUUUUGAGCUGAGGUGGAAAAAUGAACGUUUGAUUGAAUGGAAGAAUUCCUCAACCUCAAUUGCACAAGAUAUUGUUAAUGAACAGGAUCUGUCCCACCAAACUAACGAAAAUACUGGCCAACAAGACCUCGCUGUCUCGCCCUUAUCCAGUUCCUCAACUUCAGAUGGAAGCUCACCCCAGUCUACUGAGGUAUUAGAAACUAAGUUUGCUUAUGUCGUGGAUGUUGAACCCUCCAAAGGAAGUGACGAAAAGAAAGACUUUUCAUCAAACAUUACAAUUGAAGCCCGUAAUGAUGAAAUUGAAAAAACUGCUUUUGUUGACAGUGCUUUAGUGAGACAUGUAUCAUCUUGCCCUGAUCUUUCACAGAAAGAUUUACUUAAGAACGAAGAAUCUCAAAAUUAUGGUAAUCUUUUGGUUUCUAAGAAUUUCGGUCUCUUAAAUUCCGAAGAUAAUCUUGCAGAAAUUGGUGGGCUAUCCACAAUGAACACGACAAAUCUUGAUAGUUCAAAUGAAGAUCUCGAGGAGAACGCAAAUGUUGAAGAAUUUAAUUACUCACAGCAGCUUCGAAGGUCUUCGAAACGUCUAUCCGACCGUUUAAGGCUUCAAAAUAAGCCAAGAAUUGAAGGAAAAGCUGUCGAGAUUAGUGUGAAUGAAGAACAGUCAGAAACUGAGAAAGAAAACGUUGAUGUUGUGAAAAGUGAAUCUUUUAAUGUCGAAAGUAGUUUAUCAAUGAAUAUCCCUUUGGAUCUCCAAUCAGAAGUGUGCGUUGAUUUGUCGUCAAGCAAAAGUGAGCCUGAUGACAUUGAGAUUAAUAAAAAUAAGAUUGUGGCUGACUCUAGAGUUGAAAUGAAGGUAAUGUUGGAACAAAUAAGCGAACUACAGGAUGAAAAUAUCCAGCUGGCCGAGGAAAACCGGGAGUUAAAGAAACAAAGUCGAACGUUUGAAGGAAAAAGUCGUUUUAAACAGCGUGAACUAGAGGAAAUGAUCGCUGAAAAAAAUGACUUGGCCAAUCAGGUUCAUGACAUGGUCACGGAACUUCACGAGUUGAGAGCGACAGAACUACACAAGGAGAUAAGUGAGGCAAAUACAAAGCUAAACGAUAUUGAUGGUUGGGUGACGAGAGACGUGUUCGAGGAUAUUCGAGGGCAGCUUUCACUUAGUGAAGAAAAAUGCGACAAGAAAGAGGAGGAAAUAAGGGAAAUUGAAAAAAAAUGUAAAGUUCUAGAAGCGGAAAAUAAGAAAAUGCUCGAUCUGCAAACGGAAGUUGAGAAUCUUAAUAUAAAAAUAAAGGAGGAUAAUGAAGGGUUGAAAGAGGUAAAAAGGGAUGUAUGGCGUAAAGAAAAGAGAAUAUCUGAGCUGGAAACAGAAAGUAAUAAGUUUGAAAAUUCUUUGAAAGAAAAAGAUGAUGAAAAACAGGAAAUGAGAAGCAAAAUGGAAGAGAAAGAAAAUUGAGAAGCUGAAAAUGAAUCAUGUGAUUGAAAAAAAAAAUUUUAAAAAAAAUAUUUCAGAUAAAGAGUACGAAAUUUUGAUUAUGAAGGAGGAAAAAAAGGAAUUAUGUGUAAAGAUGAAUGGUUUUGAAGGCAAUAUGGAAGCAUUACGUGAAGAAAUGAAAAAGAAAGAAAAUGAACAUAAAGCAAUUAUUGCUGAAAUGGAAAAGCAAAACGCCAUUAAAGACGAGAGUCUAUCAGUGAUGGUGUCUAAUCUUCAACAACUCGUUACGGAGAGAGAUAUGAGAAUACAACAGUUAAAGAAACAGAUCGCUCCUUCUAAUGCUCCUGAAAGUGAAUUGCUUGCCAAAGAACACGAAUAUGAGCAAAAUAAAGUGUAUCUCAAACAUCUUAUAACUUUAGUUCGAGAAAGAGAUCCUUCGAUAUUAGAUGCGCUCAAUAAGAAGUUGAGUUCAAGGGAUGCAGAGGACUGGUGCUAGUUUACCUUCAUGGUAGUUCUGAUUGGCCAUCUUUUUCCGUCAUAUUAUCAUUUAUAGCUUAAUCGUCAAGCCAUGUGCUGCAACGAUAAUCUUACACAAAGUACAUACACUAAUGAUUAGUUUUAAAAUGCAAAAAAAUUUCCUGCUGUCGAAGGGGGAGAAUUAAUAUUUAAUCACGACCCGACAUUUGCUGUUCAUAUUACAAUCAAUACUGAUAAAAAUAUAAAACAAACUCAUCCUUGGUUAACCCAAUCAAGGUAUGUGAUUGUUGUCAUUAAUACUUCAUACAUACGUAUUAUUCAUAUUAAAGUUGAUAUUGUUUAAACAA